AUGGCUUGCAACCUAUCCGAGAGUAAACAGCUCGGCUCAAUGGCGGAGAUGCAACAGCUUAAUGAUAACCUCCUCUCACUAAAGAUUGCGGAAGAAGCGCAAACCGCAUCGCCGUCUUCAUGUCUUACCGACUCGCCGGACCAUUGGGAUUAUAAUGCUGAAGGAGACGGUGCACAAUCACAAUGGAGAGAGUUCAAUAGUUUCAUGGACAAAAAGGCUAGGACACGUCCUUAUCCGAAAUAUCUAUACCGAGCGCAUGUUCACGGCCACCCGUUCCCUCGAUUGCCAGACGUUUUCGAAGGAGAAUAUAGUGAUAGCUUCGGUUCUGAUCUUCAUCUUUGGUGUGAAGAUGACGCACAGACGCAAAUGUUCAUGCCCAUAGGCGACCUGAUGGAUAAUUAUACUGUCGAAGACUUGUUUUGGCACCUAAACCUUCAUCUUGGAAAGACUUGUAUCAAUCUCCAGCCAAAUUCCCAUGGCGAGCAACCGUUCCUAUCUCCCCUUGUCUCUCUUAGCGGCGACUUCCGUUGGACAGCACAAAGAAUCUGUCGGGUUGGUAGGAUGAUAAGCAAAGACAGAGACCAAAUGCCUGGCUUGGCCAUCUUUAAAACAUCAAAUAUCAACCCUAGUGGGGUACGUGUCUAUCGGGUAGAAGAUAUGCUUUCAUUUUUGAACACAAGACUCGCAGAGAGCUCUGUUCAUAUUUCUUCACAGCGCCAGGGCUGGGCUAAAAAUGCCGAUGAAUAUGUUUGCUGGAGCCUUGUCCCUCGAGAUGCAUUGGCUGCCUUUACUCCAUUAGCUGAGCUGAUCGAGACAUCGAAUGGCGGAGACGAGGCUUUCUUGACGAAAGGGUUUGUGGACUCCAACUACCUCGGCGAUUUCAGGCAGCUUUCUCGAGUACAUCCGGUACAUAUCUCUGUGGAAGAGUAUGCAGAAAGAGCAUCAAGAUUUAUGCACAACAUCAUUGCUAAUGUUUCGUCUUUGGAGGAAGCGAAGCAGCUGUGUAUGGAUAUGGAAAGGGUGCUGUUGAACCCCGAUAUAUGGGGCUACGGGGUUGCCAAAUCUGUACAAGGCUUGGACGAAACAAUCUCGUCGUCCCUGGAAAAGGUACUGGAAACGGCUUUCAUGGUAAAAUGA